AUGCAACAUAGCCACCAUCAGCAGCACACAGCAGCACCCUCCACCGCAGCAGCAGCCCCCCACGCCCCUCACGCCCCUCCACACUCCUCCCCCUCAUCACGCUAUGCUACUGUUCGCCUGGCAGCGGAGCGGCGGCUGGUGAGGGUGGUGAGGGCGUCGGUGGCAGGCGGCGCACAGCUGGGCGCGCUGGCAGGCGUCUUCUCCGCCUCGCAGCUGGGCCUGCGCGCUCUCAUGCUGGAGUGGAGAGAGGAGGGGGUGGCACAGAGGAGGCGCACACAGGAGGGCGGUGGCAGCAGUAGCAGUAGCAGUAGCAGAAGUGGGGAAGAGGGGGUUGGGGGCGUGGGGAGGGGCAGCAGCAGGGGGUGGCAGGGGGAGGAGUUGUGUGAGCCUGACGUGGUCAGCACUGUUGGCGCUGGUGCCUUCACUGCUGGGCUUGUGGGAUUAGUCGCUAUGGAGGCCAUCAGCAGAGCAGGUGUGGCUGAAGUGGUGGGUGUGGCCAUCACCACAUGGAUGGUACCAUCCAUGUUCUGCCACCACGUGGGUGUGGAGGCCAUCAGCAGAGCAGGUGUGGCUGAAGUGGUGGCUCGAGGCAUGAGUCUGUCUGGGUUGGAGGCAGCGCUUGAGUGGUGGGGAGAGGCGAGAUUGUCAGCAGGUAGCAGAGAGGAGGACUCUGUUGUUGGGAUGGGAGCAAAGGUGGCAGACGUGAGGAAUGAGGUAUGGCGUGCAGCGAGGGUGGCGGGCUGGCACCGGGCCACCCGUGCCUCGCCGGCCCAUCGCUUCAAGGCGGGUGCUCUCCACACCGUGGCCGGUGCUGCCCUCGCUUUCCCCCUGGGUGAGUCGCACCUCUUGAGGUGGUUCCUUAGGCGCCUCAACAGCAUUGAGGUGGUUUCUGAGGUGGUUUUUGAGGCGCAUAAAAAAACCGCCUCGCCGGCCCAUCGCCUCAAGGCGGCAGCUCUGCACACCGUCGCCGGUGCUGCCCUCGCUUCCCCCCUGGGGCGGCAGCUCUCCACACCGUGGCUGGUGCCGCCCUCGCCCUCCCACUGGCCCUCCUGCACUCAGCGCUCUACUCCUUGCUGCCCCAGCACCACAGCACAGCAGCAGCACACGACUUUUGAGACGUCUCAACAACCCGCUCCCCCUGCCCCUUCCCUCUCUCUCCGUGCCCCACCUGCAGCCCUCCUGCACUCGGCGCUCUACUCCUUGCUGCCCCAGCAUCACAGCACAGCAGCAGCACACGGCAGCAGUGGAGAGGGAGAGGGCGCUCAGGGGAUUCCUCAGGAGAGAUCUCAGGUGGACUCUCAGGUGGGCAGUGGCAGUAGCAGCAGUCCUCUCAGCGGCGGCGGCAGCGGCGGCGGUGUGGCGGGAGCCAUUGAGCGCAUGGAGGAACGAUUCAUGGGGUCUUUUGGGCACCUGGGGGGCAACCACGGAGGAGGGGGAGGAGGCGGGGUUGUGGGUAGAGAGGGUGAGGGCGGAGGAGAGGCGAGAGGGGAAGCUUCGGAGGGUGAGGCGGGAGGGCAGGAGUCAUGCACGGUAGUGGCAGGGGAGAGCAUGGGGAGCAGAUGA